AUGCGAAAUCAUCUUCUGAUGAUAUAUCGGUUUUCGAUCAAUUGUUUCUGCGGAGGAUUUGGUAGAAUUCCCCGUUUGCGUUAUUUUGUUAUCUUCGGCUUGAAGAUUAUAGGUAGAUACAGUUUGUUUUUCUCUUUACAUCAUUCUUUGAUGAUUUUCCUGCAUUGUAGAUUCUGUUUCAGUACAUUGUACAUAUUUCAAUUUUUCAUACAAUUUCAAUGUAUGAGAAGGAUCUUGCAUCGGAUUUGUACACUGGUUGUUACAUCAAUAGAAUUUACUGUUUUGGGAAUUUGCAAUGGUGCUUUCUUUGAUAUCUUAUGGUUCUUUAUUGCUCAACUGCUUUUAUUACUUGCUACUGAAAAUGAGGUUAUGUCUUUUGAUAGGAUUGUUGAGGGAUUUUAUUGUAGGAAUGUUGAUAUUUGGUGUUUUGAAUCAACCUAG